CUGCCCUCCCAUAUCACAGUCUUCAGAAAAAGAGGAUCUCAUCUGGAAAUCAGAAUAAAAAGAAUCAGCACGGAGCAUGGUGUGUGUGCUGCCUCAGGCUGGGUGUGCGGAGUUCCACGUGGGUAUUGGACGGCAAAAUUCUCCUCUCCGCAGGCUUCUGGGACUUGCAGCUGUGGGAGCAGAAGGCGACGGCAGCUCACCGGGGCUAACAGGAAAGCCCAUUCUGACCUGGCUGGGAGGUGUGCACCUUGGGAGUUUACCUCUGGAAUGCUGUCCAUUCUCCUGAUCUGAGGACAAGGGGACUACCUGACAUCGUGGAAGGAUUAGCAACCUGGUUAUUGGAACACUGGACCUGUGACGUUGAUUCACUAGCAACCAGCCCCUGCAGUGCCAGACUGUACCCUGAGAGGCGGCCCUUAGUCGAAGGGAUCAUUGCGCUGAGCCUUCUCUCCCUGUAUCCUCCCAGAAGCAACCUCCUGUCUGCAGGUAGAAGAAGAUGCCCCACUCCAGCUUGCACCCAUCCAUCCCUCGACCCAGGAGUCACGGGGCCAAGAAGGCAGCUUUUGUCCUGCUGAGUGCCUGCCUGGUAGCCUUCUGGGGUUUGAGUGAACCUCCAGACCGCAUUCUCCAGUGGCUGGUGCUCCACCAGGCCUCCCUGCAGCUGGGACUGCUGUUCAAGAGAGUUUGCAAUCUGGUUGAGGAGCUAUGCCAUGUCCAUUCCAGGUACCAGGGAAGCUACUGGAGGGCUGUGCAGGCCUGCCUAGGCUGCCCCAUCCGCUUUGUGACCCUGCUGCUGCUGUCCUGCUUUUACUACAUCUUCUUCCCAAACAUCAGUGGCCUGCCCUUCACGUGGCUGCUUCCCCUCCUGGGCCUCUCAGAGGCACUGAGCAUCCUCCUGAACUUCCAGGUCCCGGCCCCAGCUGAAGUGUCUACAGUCUGUGAACAAAAUAACUUCAACGUGGCUCAUGGGCUGGCAUGGUCAUUUUAUAUCGGGUAUCUGAAGCUGAUCUUGCCAGGGCUUCGGGCCCGGAUCCGUAGUUUCAAUCAGCUCCACGACAAUAUGCUGCGAAGCGCAGGAAGCCAUCGGCUGUACAUCCUCUUCCCAUUGGAUUGUGGGGUAUCUGACAACCUGAAUGUGGUCGACCCCAACAUUCGCUUCCUGAAUGAGCUGCCCCGGCAAAUCACUGACCGUGCUGGCAUCAAGGGCCGUGUUUACACUAACAGCAUCUAUGAGCUCCUGGAGAACGGGAGGCCGGUGGCCGCCUGUGUUCUGGAGUACGCUACCCCCUUGCAGACCCUGUUUGCCAUGUCACAUGAUAGCCGAGCUGGCUUUAGCCGGGAGAAUCGGCUUGAGCAGGCCAAACUCUUCUGCCAGACACUUGAGAACAUCUUGGCAGAUGACCCUGAGUGUCAGAACAACUGUCGCUUAAUUGUCUACCAGGAUCCUGCAGAGAAAAGCAACUUCUCCCUGUCACAGGAGAUUCUCAGGCACCUGCGGCAGGAGGAAAAGGAGGAGGUUACUGUGGGUAAUGUGGGGACCUCCGUGGUGCCUGGCCCUUCCACGCUGCCCAAGGAGCCCGAGCUCCUGAUCAGUGACAUGGAUCCGCCUCUCCCACUCCGCACAGAUAUCUUCUGAGGCUCAAGGUCACCUUGCCUGAGCCCCCAGUGAUCCCCAAGACUCUGGAUUGGGAGCUUUAUUUAGGGGCUAGAUGCCCGGCAAAGCCAUUUCCUCCCACAGAAGGUUUAGGGACUCAUCUCAAGAUGAGUCCUAUGACCUUGGGUAAGUUUUACUUGAGGCUCAAUGUCCUCAUCUAUGAAAAGGGAUCAUAAUCAUUGCCCUACCUACCUCACAGGGUUGUUGUGAGGACUACGACUGUAUGGAAGUUUCUUAUAAACUCAAAUUGCCAGGUAAACGUAAAGAAUGUGCCAGGUGUCUUCCAGUGGACCCUCCAGAUCUACUGUCCACCCCUCUCUGCCUCGUCUGCCCUGGGAUGGCAUCAAUAGACUCCCUAGCCCCUUGGCUUCUGGUUAUGUUUGGUCUGUGGGAAACCCCAAUGGGAGAAUGGAGGAAAGGAGGAGAAUGAGGUUCGAGUAUUUAUUUCCCCAGCAGCCUCCCUGCGGUGUCAAGGUCACUGUGAACUCUCUGCAUCUCUUGGCCAGACCCACUCAGGAAUCCUCUCCUCCAAGUCUGGUGAACUGCUUCCUUCCCUGGCCCCUUCAGGCCUAACAGUGGUACUGGCUCCCCACCAAUGCUCAUCUUCUAGUACUCACUCUCGAUUUUGAUUUCCUUAUAACUGCCCCUUCCAAAUGGUCCCCUUUUAAAACACUCUUCAGAUUACACAUUUGACUGUGCCAUCUUUCUCCAGUUGGACUCACUGAUACAAGCUAUUGGCAUUUAUUAUCUGCUGUGUCCAAAUCAGCUUGCACAGACGUGCUUCCUAAUACCCCUCCUCAUCCUAGUACAGGGGAGAGAGCGAGUGGAGAGUAUCCUUUCAGUGUGGACAGAGCCCACCAGGCAGGCUGAGGGCAGAGAGUUGGGCAGCACCUCCACUCCACCUGCCUUUUCAGUGAGUGCCCUUGUAUCCAGUGGGAGGCUUGGGAGCAGGUAGGGACCAGGGGCUGCCUGAGGGAGCGCACAGAUGCCAUGAGGGUACACUGCUGUGUCCUGGGCAAGGGGUUGCUCAAAGAAGCAGGGCCACUGAGUAAACA